CAUAUGCGUAGUGGAGUGUCGUCCAGCGAAUUAGCUAAUUUCCAUGGAAAUGAGCUCAUAGCUGAUUCCCGAGGGAGGAGGAUAACUCCAUGCACGCGCUCAUACAGGGUACUCCAUUAUGCUACCUAUCAUUCAUUGUUUUUUUCCUGUUUAUCGACAUACUGGCAACAACAUUUUAGCCUAUCCAGAAAUCAAAGUUGACAAGCAUUGAGCUGGAUUUGGAAACCCCCCACCAUCCGCCACCACUCCGGCCAUCACCCACUUGUUUUAGCCGCGCUUCUGUUGUGGCCAACCGCUGAUAUGGCGACGGUCCCUCGGCAGCACGGUUCCGACUGGUUCAGGCUGGCUGACUAGCUGGCUAGUGGGGUCAGUUGUUCCGUGCCAGCCGUCGGGCGACAACAAUGACCACUGGACGCCGUCAACGUGACAGCAUUUAUCGAUUUUCGGCACCCCCAGUGGAGCGCUAGGAGCAGUCAAGGAAAAAUUCUAGCUCCGCCGCAGACCCAUUGGGUUCGGACCAACGGCCUUCACAUGAGCAUGCUGGGCUUUGUCUACUUGGUUCUCAUCCUGGGCUGGAUACUGAUCGUCCUGUUUCUCAAGUGCAAAAAGUCCUUGGCCGCUCCAUUUCGCUUUGGCGAAAACUACACAGAUGCCAUCGCCGAAACGGAUCGACGUCCCUCGGUGCAUGUGAUCCAGCUGCAACACGAUGAUGUGGAACGAGAAGAUCACUAUAUGAACAAUUUUCAUCGGAACACGGAGAAUCUGCAGCGCUACUCGCAUCGUUCGCAACGCUCCACGCUGGAGGAGCGGACCAUCGAGCGGACCUAUCCCACGGAUGCGGUGAUUAAUCCUGCCUACAUGCACGAUGAGGAUUAUGUGAUCAACGCCCCACCACCGUCAUACGAGGAGGUAAUGCGCCAGCCGCAGGUUUAUCCUCAGGUGCGCCACAACAACCAUAAGAUCAGCGAUGCCGACAUCUAGCCUGGAUAUCCCGAUUAUCAAAUUGUAUAUAUAUAUGCGUACU